UUGUUGACUCUUAUCAGUCCAAUCCUGUACACUAACAUCUCGACAAACAACCCAGCCUGAUUGCCGUGUAGACAUGUGGCUUGGUGCCGUCUUGCUUGGCCUCCUUCUGAACGCCGCUCCGACUGAAGGGUCACCCGUCCAAGGUUGUCAGUACGGUGUUCAGUUCUUCCACCCUGGUCAGAAGUUCAUGAAGAACGAAUGUGAGCCCUGUGUGUGCGAUGUCAAUCAGGGUAUCUCGUGCGUCGCGCUCAUGUGUCAGGACAGCGCAUGCGUGGACCCCUUCCGGACAGCGGGGGAGUGUUGUACUGUUUGUCCAAAUGGUCCUAACUGUCGCCAUGGUAACCAGGUGAUUCCUGCCGGACAAGAGACUAUGAUUGGUGGGCUCACCUGCAACUGCCCGGAUGUAAAAUCGUACCCACCAGAAACCGUGGAUGCCAUUUGCGUGUAGCAGCAAAAAAAGUCCACAUUCCUGCUGAUUAAAAAAAUCAGAAUA